AGCCGUUUACGGCUCAAGGGCCACCUGCCGCGCCCCGGGAUGGCUGCGCCGUUGGCGCCGUCGAUGCGGGUGCCGGCGGCGUCGCCGCAGGAGAAGGUGCCCCCGCCGCUCUGGCCCCGCCGCUGGUUCGGGAGCACGGUGGGCGGGCGCCGGCCCAGCCCCGCAGCCCCGGGCGGGGCGCUGGCCUCGGCGCCCCCGCUCUGGGCUGCGCCGCCGCCGCGCAGGGGCUCCCAGCGCGGCGUCUGCCAGGCACGGCCUGGCGAGCCACGGCACGGCGAGCCCGCGGCAGUUUCCGGCAGCGGCCGCGGCGGCACGAGCCUGCCGCGCGGCGGCCCAGGACCGCCGAGGAUGCCGGGCGCCGCGCCCGCGGGAGAGCCGUGCGGCGGAGGGGCCCAGGCCGCGGCGGCAGUCCGGGCAGUCGAUGGGCACAGUUGCGAGGUCGCGCCCUGCCGCGUCAAGGGCGCCCCCCUCACCGUGUCGGUGUUCCAGCACGUUUCGCGGGCGGCCAAGAGGGGGGUGAUGACUAGGGUGGGCGGAUAUCAUGGCGAGGGCCAUGAUGUUUCCCCAGGUUUCAUGGCGCCUCUUCUUGUUUCAACACGUCCCCGCCUCCCCCCCUGGGCCGCGCACGUGCCGCCGGCCAUGAUUUGCGCCCCCCCCUCUUGGACGCCCCCCUCUUGGCCGCACCCGAACAUUGGCGACAGGCCAUCUCAGGAGGACCGCUUCACUGUGUCUUCGAACUUCGAGCCGGACAGCUGCGUGCCCUGCUCGUUCUUCGGUGUCUUCGACGGUACCGUGGGCGACUUCGCCUCCGAGUGCGUGAAGGAUUUGGUCAUUCCCAUGCUGCAGCAGUCGUCCAGCUGGAGGGGGCUGAAGCAGACGUUCACCACUUCUUCUCGCAGCGCCUCCAAACCACAGCAGGAGCGCCUGCUGGAGGACGCUCUCCGGGACAUGUACCGUUCUGCGGAUGAGUCUCUGCUGCGCAGCUGCUCGAAUCACGCGCAGCACUACGCCACUUGUACCUCCGUGACCUUGGUUGUCGUCGGGGACUUGCUUGGCGUGAGCCACCUGGGUGACUCUCGCAUCAUCUUCGGGAAGGAUGUGGACGGCCGCAUGGUGGGCGAGCAGAUGACCCUGGACCACAAGCCCGACAACGAGCAGGAGAGGCAACGCAUUGAGAACAGCGGGGGGACCAUUGUGCGCUUGCGGAACCAUGGGGCCACGCCCUUCAUCCGCGGCGGCGACUUCGCGGUCCGGAAAGCCUCUGGCGAUCGUCCCAUGCAGCUGCAGUAUUCCCGCGCCUUCGGCUGUAAAGACCUCAAGCGUUUCGGCCUCAGCAGUGUCCCCGACAUCAGGUUGUUGCGGAUCGGCGAGAGGGGGUCUCCGGCAUACAGGCGUGUACGCUACGCAAUCCUUGCCUCCGACGGCCUGUGGGAUGUCGUAGACGCGCAGCGCGCGGUGGAGGUGGCGCACCAGGCCGUACAGGACUGUCGGAAUCCGUCCGAGGCCCUUGUGCAGUGCGCUCGGCGUGAGCAGUGGAAGCGCAAUGCCAGGUCGGACAAUGUCACAGCGGUCUGCGUGCAGUUCGAUUGAGCGUACAUUCGCCUCGAGCUGCUUGUAAGUCUAAGUUUAUCAUGUUUUCUGUUUCGCACCAUCGUGCACCAAUGUUCUAUUUUGGAUCCAGGCGCGCCUGGCUUGAAGGGUUCUGCCCCCUGCCGUCGACCCAUUCUACAAACGUCCUAACGCUUCGUGCAGGGCGCGAGGAGGAGACCCAUUCCACGUCAGCGCGUGCCCGACCCCCGCCUGCAUCGGCUCCAUCUGGGAGGCCUCCGACUGCGCCGUCGGUGCGGGCAGGCCGGGCCAGGCCUGCGGGCUGCUCGUGCCCCGUGUGGCACUUUCUGCUGUGCCGCCGGCGGCCUCUUAGCCUCUCGUGCGCCCUUGGAGCUCCCGCUUCCCUUCGCUGCCACGCCACGAGGCAGAGAAGGUCCUCUUGUCCUUUCCCCCCCGUGACCCUCUACGUCGCGGGGGUCACGGCUCGUUCGCUCCCUGCCCCUCGUCCUUCAGGCACUGAGCUCUGAUGCAGCGUAUGUGGUGCAUUGUGUGGUGUACUUUAUUUGUUGUAGUGUGCAAUUCGCGAACAGCUGGAGCCAAGCAUCGCGGAACACAGGGCGUGUGCAAAGUUCCCGCUGCCGUGCGCUGGCCUUGCUGCCGUGUGCAGAGUUCCCGCUGCCGUCCUGAUUGUAUGCGAGGCUCGCGCACGGAAGCCUACGGGGCAGUGUUGCCGAUUGCCAUUCGCCUGCUCCAGUCAUGAGUCCUGGAGAGGGAGCCACGAGGGACGGCGAUUGUUUGACAUCGGCGGGGGCACAGCGAUCCCACGCCGCCCAUCGGUCUCUGCUGAUUGGCUGUGCUGUGACGCUUGACCAUCUGAUGUUCGCCACCUCCUCCUUCUCCUCCUGCUCCUCCUGCUCUCCUCCCCCUCCUCCUCUCUUUCCUCACACCGGCUCCACUCCCUGAGCAGGCACGUUUCGCUCCUGGCUUCGCGGCAUUUGUUGCUGCGCAAAUUGAGCGUCCAUGUUGUUCGACACGUCGUACAAACAACG